CAGCAGGGCCCGCUCCUUGGGGAGAGCGGCAGCCCCGGGAGCCGCCACCCCGCCCCGCACGCCUUACCUGCCAGGCCGGCCGCCGCCACAUGCCGCCGCCGCCGCGCAGGGAGAGCCCCGGCUCAGCCGCUCCAGCCCCGCGGCCACACGAACCCGCCCGGAAGCGGAAAGGAGAGGCUGCGUACGCUCACAGCGGGUCCGGCGGAAACACGACCCUCCCCCGCUCUGUCCAGUUCCUACAUCCACAACAGAUGGAGGAAAACAGAGAAGAACUGCAGAAGGAGUAUUUGCCUUUUGCUCAGCUACUGCAGACUUGACAAGGCUUGUUACCAGCCUUGAUACAUAGAAGUCCAGCACUACUGUAUCCAUCACUCAUGUUCUGAGCUUGGGUUUAAGAUGAGAGCUAUUGACUAUUUGGAGCUCAGGAGAAAUUGGUGCUACCCCAGCUACAUAAAACCUGCUUCACACUGGCAGUCAAAGUUGCUUGCAGCAAGGACAUUCUGCACCAACUCAGUCUGCCAUUGGGUUUGGAGCAACAACUGUUGACUAACUGUACUUUAGUAGAUCUGAGUGUUUGUAUUCCCAGCUAUUUCCUCACCAAGAGCCUCUUCUCCACCAAGGGAUCAAAGCCUGCAGAGCAGCUGGAACAUUAUUGUUACAGUAAGUCAGCAGAGAAAUAGAAGAUGCUGAUACCGCUUGUAGAGUGAUGUCUACCAGCAGGAGAGAUAAGUAAAGAAAGAAGUAGUGGAGCAUUAAGUGAACAAGAGACUGGACUAAGUGAUUUUCCUGUAUCCCUCUACAUCCCUUACAGGGACAGAGACUCUUGUUGCACAUUACUUUCCACAUAAACCACUGCUGUGAUUCCUGCUAGACUGCAGCAUGAUCUUAAGGGGAGCAGUUGGUCCCCCAGCCAGAAAGAUGUGGCCCAUAUGAAACAGCAGCUUUCCACAGCAGGCCAAAUUUUGUAAGGCAGCUAUAUAUUUAUUUCCUGAGCUAAUAUAGCUUCUAGUACACAAUUUUGUUUUAGUUAUGAUUAAAAUGAAUACAGGAAUAAUGUGUUGUACUGAAACAAAUUGAGACUUUCUUCUGAAGAAACAGUCCCAAAUACCACAUCCUAGAGAAGCUACAGCUGCAUAUUAUACCUGCAAUGGGUUUUCUGCAAUACCAGUUCUCUCGACUAGAGGGUAUCAUUAUUCUUCAAGCAAGCCUAAGUAUUUCACAGUUACAGUGAACAAAAUAACCAGGUAUUUCUUGUGCAAAGGUGCUGCUCAGGAAAACUGAGACUUCUACCUCACUUGAAUACAGAUUUGAUUUAGACUUGACAUCCUUUCCAGAAGCCAGCAAAGAUGAGAAGUGGAGAAGUAAGGAUAGCAGGACCCAGCUCUGCCAGUUGGCCAGGGGGCACACUCAACCUUGCCCCUUGCCCCACGUAGCCAGCCAACACACCCUGCCACAGAGGUUUUCCAGCAAAUUUUGGUUUUAUGCUUUAAGACAGUGUCUGCUGGCCCACAGAUAUAGGAAACGUAUAGUGAAGUCUUCAGAAGGACCCAAAAGUGCACAGACAGCCCAGCUGAACAAGAAAUCCCUUGGUAGGGUGGCCAAGAAGUUCAAAUACUUUUUCCACACCUCUCCUGACCACCCCAAAGACCAGCCACAGAAGGAGAGCAAAGGGCAUCAGCCAGGAGAGGCUCAACUAGGGUAUGCCAAGCUCAUUUUCGAGCAUCACCAAAGCUACGGUGGAGAGCCAGAUUAACACUUAAUCACAGCUGGCCUCAUUAGAGCCAAAUUCAUGCACUGGUCAGAGUGGGAUUUUCAGCUGGUCAAAACUCGUUUUUCCAGACUUGAUAUAGCAAAGUCAUACAGGGCCAUGAAUCUAGGUAGCACUGCAUUUACUGAUAUUGUCACUUAAGUCACAGUGGGAGCCAGGCUCUUUUCAGAUCUGCUGGUCUCACAGCAGAGUCCUUUCUCUGUACAUCAGCUUUCUCACAAAACGAUUGUGCAAGGUGGCCAAGUUUGCUAACCAGCAUGAAACACUGCUUGGGGUAUUCUAAAAUUAGAAGUAUCAUCUUGACUUAUCUGACAAGACCUACAGAAAGACAUCUGCCUACUGAGGGACAUUCAAGAAUUUGCUGCCUCAUUUCAGGAGUUUGCCACUGCAACUACUGCAGUUGAAGUUCAGCCUUCAAUACUCAUCCACAUCAGAAUCACUCAGAUCAUCCUGUGCAGGUCUAUAUACUAUUUGCAAUAUAGAAACUAUAUUACAUUCCUAUCCAAUGAUGCUCAGUACACUGAUUCAUAGCUACAGCAACACACCUGCUCCUUCAAACCACAUAGGUACAGUCACUAUUUAGAGUAAUUCAGUAAUAUAGGAAUACAGUAAUUACUCUCCCCCCCAAGGAGUCCAAACCAUUGCAUGACCUACUGACCAAAAUGGAUGAGUUUUAGGAUUACUUGUGUAAGUUUCAGAUCUGCUUUGGCACAAGUCUCCUUGAGGAAUCAUUUCCAAAUUUGCUAUUUCAAAUGUUAACAUCAGACAUUCAGCUCAGAAUUAUUCUAUUACAGGUACCCAUCCAUCCUCUGUCACACAGUAACUUAAAGCCCAAUAGUUGAGCAAGUUUCACCAAGCACCAAGACUUGGUAAGCAUCUUAUGAUCACAUUGAGGGAGGAUUAUGCAGAGGCACUCACCUUGGAAGAAAGAGCAUUUGUCGGUAUGACUCUGGUGUAAAGGGAUUGAUGUUGACAAGAGAAGCUUGGGUAGAGUCGUCCAAGUCAGCACCAGGAGUAAAUCUCAGAUGUCUGAAGCCUUUGGGUGGGACCUUUGCCCCAGGUGAAGGAAAAGCUGUCUUUGAUAACAGGCUCUGUAUCAAGGGAAGAAAGAGCAGUAGAUGAGCCAGCAAGAUAUUUUUGUUGCCACAAAGUCAGAAUAAAAACAGUGCUGUCCUAUAAAUCAAAGGAAACUCUGGUCCCUUUCUUAGAUUAGUUAAAUCACUAAAACCCUACAACAAGUCCUAAGUUUUCUUCCAUGAAGUGUUGAGUUCUUCACUAAACUUUUUCAGGCCAUUUGCUGCUCUUUAGGCUGCACAGCCAUUUCUACAAGCUCAAGAGGAACAGAAAUUGCACCAUAGUUGCAUUAACACAAGACCUAGUUCUGCCUAGCCUGGACUGUUGCAUCAGUUUGGUCAGGACAGGUUUGUCAGGAAAGUGAGAUGGGGCACCACCCAAGUUCCCUUCCAGUUCCCAGUGGUAAGCAGCAUCACUAUGGGAAAGUUAUUAGAAAUAUUUAGAUAUGGCUGCUGGCAAGGUGACCAGAAAACUGUUUCCCUUGAGGAGAAAAACUACAAUUUCACAACUUCAGGAUCUUUAGUUCACCUUUCCACAAAAGACAGGCCACUAGGUUUCAGUCUACCUAUCUAAAACCCUGGCCUAAGAGAAGCACUUGGUAAAGGCAAUGUAUGGGCAAGUACUACUUAUCCAGCAACCUGAAGAUCUGUAGGCUUGUGGCUACAUUUUAGUUUAGCCACAAAUCAAGAAGGGAAUAUAAAAUACCAUUGCAGCCUGCUGUCGCAUGCAUGCAGUUAACAACUGCUCUACUAGGGCUCUAUUUCAAUACCAGACAGACUUGUCUCCAGUAACAUCAUCUGAGAGUAGCUGCUAACAUUCGCUGUUAUCAUAAUUAGCUGUAGUAGUUUUGAGGACUGAGUAAGUUCAUAAAAAUGUAAUUGUCUGCCUACUCUGCCAUGCAGUCUACCUAGAGCCUCAGUGCUCCUCUGUGUGCAAAUGUGGCUCUGCUCUUACACUUUUUCUUUCAAAUGUUCCAUGAUCAACACUGCCAGCCACCUCUGCAUGCAGAUUUAGGCCCUUCAGAACCUGUCUUUUGUAGCAUACUGAGAAACAAAGACAUUUUCCCCAGAAUACAAAGAAACAAAACCUGCUGAUUUGGUGCAAUCGCUGUUAAGAGGCUACAAACAUGUCUUGAAGCAUCCAGCCAACGGUGGUGCUGAAUACAGGAGCACACACACUAAAAACACCCAGCAUUACCAGCAGCAGUGCAUCUGGUCUGGAAGGUGAUACUAGGCCUCUCACCUAUUCUGGUGUGAGAUUCAGGAAGAUUUCUUAAAGGACCAUUGCAAGAAAUUGUUGGAGCAAGGCCCUUUAGAAUCACUUCCCUUUAGAAGAGGCAGGGCACUGCUCUGAGCCAUUAUGGCCACAUGGUCAGUCACAUGUGGUCUUAGGGCCAUCCAUCUAUCCACAUUAUCAGGUUUCUGAAGGGAGACAAACCAAAAUCCUUUGGUGGCUAGGAAUCCAGUUGUAGCUCAGAAGUACUAAAGGGACUGAUAUCUGUGUGCUACUACAGCAAAGAGCAAUGUAUCAACAGAGCAGGAGCACUGUGAGGCCUGCAAGAGCUACAUGGCAUUGCAAAUCUUGAAUGCUAGAAGCCAGUGCACACAACAGAAGUUACCUAGGAACACAUAAACUGCCUUUGAGUCUACACUCAUGCUUACAGAGGACAGCAUCUGUUGCACUGUAUUUCAUAUGAGAAGUUUCAAAGAAAAUAGGGGGCUGGGGGCAUUCUCUCAAGAAGCUGGACCUGUAGGUAAAGUGAGAAGAGUGGUGCAGAGGAAGACAGGUAGAUCUUCCUUCACAAGCACAUGUCGACCUGUUACCCUGUGAACAAAGCUCUGCCUUCCCCACAUCCCCUGGGCAGCUCAGUUCCAUGCACAGAGAAGCAGCAUCAAUGAACAACAAGCUGGCAGAAAGGCUUCCAGCUCCACCAGACAAAGUACGCCCCAGCAGAAGCAUUAUUUCCAACUUUCUCAUCGAGAGAAAACCCACUUGUAUCCAAAAAUGGGCUGAACAGAACAGACAGUGGGGGCAGCUGCUUGCCUCCAGGUUGCCCCUGCAUAAGUAGCACCUCAAAGAGAUACAUUUAUCCUUCUGAGAGUACUGUGCACACUGCCUACAGGGAUGCUACAUGUGUCCAGUCCAUUACACAGAGCAGGAGGGGCCCAACAAACAAGACAAAUGGCUGCUUGGUUUGUUUUUUUUUUUUUUCUGUUUUUUCUUUUUUUCUUUUUUUUUUUUUUUAACUCAGACUGAAUCAGUACCAAUUAAUUAAUUCCAACAACAACUUGGAAACUGUCAAGGAACCUGCUCCCACACACAGGUUUCUAUUCAUACUUAGAAAAUAAUCAGUUAAGGAGCCUACGGGCCCAAUUUCUAAUGGAAGAGUAGAAGGCCAACAAGGAUUUACACACAAAAAAAUACUACUUCCCACAGAGCUAGCAGCAGAUCUCCCAUAUUGCACACACAGCAGUGCCCCAGUGAUGCCACAGCCCCUGUCUGCCCAGACACAGAGACACACACCGUUACCUUGGGAGUGUGGGGGGUGUCACAGAGCUGCAGCUUCUUCCAAGUGAUGUGCAGUGGUGUCUCUGCAUUGCCAUGGGUCCUGCUCACACCUGGGGAGGACUUCAGGGUAGGGCUCACCCACGAUUUGGUCCUGCUCAGGAAAAUCUCACUGAGCUUCCUGUGAGGAGUUGCAGGGAGAGGGCUGUUCCACUUCUGGAAGUCACAGUGCUUGAUUGGGCUGGAACUCAGUGUGUCCUCCUCAUUAAUGCUUCUGUCUUCACCCUCUUCUCCACAGCUGGAAAAAUCCAGCCUCUGGAUGAAGUCAUUGUUCUCCCAGUCAUCCAUUUCACCAUAUAAAAUAGAGCUGAUAGAGCGGACCCUGGCCUGCCUGGUGGAGGAAAAAGAGCAGGAGAGAAAGACAGCAUUACUUACAUAGGCAGGUUAGCUGCCCUCUUCCUCACCUAGGCCACCUGAACAGCCUUAUUCCCCAUGCCUAUUCCCCUAGCCCUUUACACACAGGGGCAUGGAGCACACAAAACUGGCAUUUAAUUGCAUCAAUAAAGGAAUUUCCCCCAAUCCCCACAUAUAACCCUAUCCAGCUACUUCUCACAUAACUGUAACAGAUAGGGCUUUCACUUUGUUGCUACAAGUCAGAUACAGUCAGAAGUCACUGCCUUUCCCAGUGAGCCUCAAGGAGAACUUCACCCACCACUCCAUCACAAAGACCAAAUCACCAGACCCCCCAGAACAAGGCACUACAGCCCUCCCUUCACCUUUCUCACUUCUAAACUUCUCAACCACAAAACACUACUCCCUUUACAUACAGCUGUAAAAGCAGAGGGAUCCCCAAGAAGCCACCAGCCACCCUACAAAUGGCCCCUCUCCCACCCCAGCACAUUUAUAACCACCCCACACCUCAGGACCAUCACUAAUGGGAAGCAGCUGGAACUCAGCAGCACCUGUGCAGGGCUGCCUGUGCUGCUGGCUGGGGUUUUGCUAUGGACCUGAAUGCUGUGCCUGCAGCCAACUCUGCUCUGAGUCAUCCCUUUGCUUCUGCACACUCUUCUCUCCUUCAGCUUUGCAAGGAGGUGAUGUUUGCUGACAGCCAGGCUGCUUUAUGUUAAUCCCACCAGAGAUGGAGCCUCUGUGGGCUUUGCUUACAUAAAUGCCGGAUCUGCCACGGAUGGGUCCGGUGCUUCCUCUUUUUUAGGUCUCAAUUUAUCUUCUUGCAUUUAGACGUGUGUUAGGAUGGAAAGCAUUACAGCCUGCACAGAGAGGUUAGCAGCCUAAAUUUUAAUGUGGUAGACUGUGAGGGACAAUACACAGGCCUGCAUGUGGGUUCCUGUCUCAAGGUUCCAUGUGUGUACCCUGGGAGAGGAGGGGGUGGCCAAUGCCAAUGGCACGUGCAGGUUAUCCACUAUAGCUCAGUGAGUAAAGGACAAAGGUGGCAUUUGUGUGUAAAGCUCAUCACCUGCCACCUCUGUGAGCCUGUGCUUCGAAGAGGAACCAGAGUGAGCUUUAAUGGACUGGGAACAAGGUCCGAGAAGCCUUCUAGCAUCAGGGAGAGCUGCUGGAAGGCCACGCAGAAGUUGGAAGUGGUCACGGCCCAGAAGAGAUGGGGGGUUGUUAGGGGCACGUGCUUCCCAGUGCACAGGCUGAGGAGGGUUCCCACCAGAAAACAAAGGGACACGUCAAGCUGAGGUCAGCCUGCCCUUGUACCUGGCCUGUUAGUCAGAACUGAGGGCAUUCAGGUCUUUGAAGCUGCCCGCUAAGGCUGUGGCAGGCCGUUCACCUGCUGUGAGGAGGACGUGCCAGGUGCUCAGUGCUGUGCCCACUGCCCCUCACAAACAUUUUAUCUGAUUUUUUGCAUUUUUGCAUUUUGUUAUUGCCAGGGGCUACGGGGAUCCGUUACCCCAAGAAGGAAUGUCAACCUGAGUGUGAGAAAGCCUCAUUUCACAUCUAACUAAAAGCCACUGUUUUUACUUCUUGUUUAUCCGGAGGGACUGCUCAAAGAUAGAGAGACAUGAUCUUGGUUCGUGUUCCAUGGCGUCAAGCUCAAAGAGGGGAGAUCUAGGUUAGAUAUAAGGAAAAAGUCUUUUACAGAGAGGGUGGUGCACUGGAAUGGGUCACCUAGUGAUGUUGUUGAUGCUCUGUCCCUGAAGACUUUUAGGGUGAGGCUGGAUAAGGCCCUGGGCACCCUGACCUACCUGUGGUGUCCCCGUUCAUUGCAGGGGAGUUCGAGUAGAUGGCCUUUAAAGGUUCCUUCCAACUCUAAGGAUUCUAUGAUUCUAUGACUCUUAGAGCUUCAUCAGAGGAAGACCUUUUCCUCCUCCCAUGGCCACAUUCCCUGAGACCAGGACCUGUUAACUUCAGUGAAGUACAAAAGCAGAGGACCUUUGCUUUUAAACUCUGCACAGAGAGGGGGAAGCGAGCUGUCAGCAGCAACCCGCAGACAAACAUGCCUCAAAGCACAGCUUGGCACUGCCAAUGCGGUGAGAGCAACGUGUGCGGAUACGAGCAGAAUUUGGCUUUUCUUUAAAACCCUUCAUGCAGCACCGAAGCGUUGUGCAGGGCUCUUGGUUUCCUUCCUUGUCCAUCAUCUGCUGCAGAUACCUCCAUCUGCCAACCACCACCCACAGCCGCUCAGGGCUCUGCCAGGUGACUUUGCUGUGCCCGUGCUGGCACUGGCUGAGCCACAGCUCACAGCCAAUGGACAAGGAUGCUUCAGAAAAAGAAAUGCUGGUGGCGCUGCAUCGUCAGAUCCUUAAUGGCGUGUUGAACCUUUGGAGCUGCUCAGCAGGCAAAAAGUUGGGCAGUUAAAGCUUUUAUGGCAAUGCUUUCUCUUUCAUUGUGGCCUGCUUAAUUGGGUAAUCCAAUUAAUCAGAAACUCCCAGGGAAAUGAGCUAAACUUAAUGAUGUUUAAUGGUGGUAGCGUAACGAGGGUGGUAAUUACACUGCUGAGGCUGGCUGCUGCGGGUGCCUUGGGCGUGUUGGUGUCCCCGUGUUUCUGUCUUGAGCUGAACUCAGAGAGCCACAGAUUGGCUCGGGUUGGAGGGGACCUUAAGGCCCACCCAGAGGAUCAGACUGCCCAGGGCCUGGCCUUGGACGUCUCCAAGGAUGGGGCACCCACAACUGCUUCUGCCUGUUCCUCUACAACACGUUUCACAUAGCACAUAUAGACACAUGCACGUAUCACCAGCAUCGCCAGCCCCAGAGAUCCCGCUCUCCGCAAGGGAGCGGGGCCUUCGCGACAGCCCGUCCGGCCGCACGGAGCACCGCCCACCCCCGGCGGUGGGGGAGUGUCCCACAGCGCCCCGCCCCGGAGCCGCCCCCCGCCGGCGGCCGGCGCUGCUCGGCUGGGCUCGGCGCGGCCAUGGUGGAGCGGGCGGACGAGGCGCCGCUCCUCUUCUGGGCCGAGGGCCCGGCUGUGUCCGCGCCGCCGCCCGCGGCCGAAGCGGGCGGCGUCGGCGGGCGGCGGCUCGGCGGCGGCUGGAGCGCUGCGCCGUGGGGCUGCGAGGAGGAGGCGGCGGGGCCGCCGCGGGCGGAGGCGGAGGAGGACCAGAUCGUGGCCGUCUUCGUGGUCACCUUCGACCCCCGCACGGGUAACAUGGUGGAGUGGUGUUUACCUCAAGAUAUUGAUUUGGAAGGCGUGGAAUUCAAAUCCAUGGCAAGUGGGUCCCACAAAAUCCAGUCAGACUUCAUUUACUUCCGGAAAGGGCUCUGUUUUGGCCUGGCCUGCUUUGCCAACAUGCCUGUGGAGAGUGAGUUAGAGCGUGGUGCCCGUAUGAAGUCUGUGGGGAUUCUGUCUCCUUCUUACACCCUGCUUUAUAGGUACAUGCACUUCCUGGAGAACCAGGUCAGACACCAGCUGGAGAUGCCAGGGCACUACUCCCAUCUGGAGGCAUUCUAUGAUGACAAGAAAGGUGUUCUCCCUGAUAGUAAGGGCACCACCACCUCCCAGCAGCCGGUCCACUGGCUGCCGUCCAUCCACAGAUACAUGUACCCUGAGAUGAAGAUCACACACCCUGCUGGCUGUAUGUCUCAGUUCAUCAAAUUCUUUGGUGAGCAGAUUCUUGUCCUCUGGAAGUUUGCCCUGCUGCGCAAGCGCAUAUUGAUAUUUUCACCACCCCCGGUUGGAGUUGUCUGCUAUAGAGUGUACUGCUGCUGUUGCCUUGCCAACGUUUCUCUACCUGGUCUUGGAGGAACUGUCCCAGAAUCCAAACCAUUCUUCUAUGUGAAUGUGGCAGACAUAGAAAUGCUGAAGACAGAGGUAUCAUAUGUGGCCUGUACCACAGAAAAGAUCUUUGAGGAGAAAAGGAAUCUCUAUGAUGUCUAUGUAGACAACCAGAAUGUGAAAACACACCAUGAGCAUCUGCAACCGCUCCUGAAAAUAAACAGUGCUGACAAGGAGAAAUACCGACGGCUUAAUGACCAGAGGCAGAUGUUAAUGUAUUCUCAAGAGGUGGGUGAGGACUGUAACUCCUGUGAAGAGGAUCUUUUCAUCUUGUUUUUUAUGGAGCAGAACAACCGCAUAUUUCAGACACUGAUGGAGGUGUCAGCCAGCCAGGACAAGACCCUGACAGCUGACCACGCACGAGGCAUGGGCCUGGACCCCCAGGGGGAUCGAAGUUUCCUUAUGGACCUACUGGAAGUGUACGGCAUUGAUGUUAUGCUAGUCAUUGACAACCCCUGCUGCACUUAAACCAAGAGGAAGAGAAACGGGGAGCAAAAAUCACUUUUUAAAGACUAUCAGACAUUGCUUAGGAGCAUCACUGGAACUCACCACGGCCACUGGAUGGAUCUCAUUUUAUUUAAUAACUUUAUAUGGAAAGUAUUUAUAAUUUAAAAGAAAAUGUGAUUCUAUUUUUACCCCUUUGAUUUUCCCAAGGAGUACCCACUCCAGGUUUUUUGUUUGUUUGUUUCCAUCUCCUGUUCUUCUUCACUUGUGUUUUUUGUUUUGUUUAGAUAGGACCAGUGGCAUCUCUGCACCAACCCUCACUGGUGCCAGUGAGCUAGGUUUUGGCCUACUCUGGAUGCAUGAGGGCUGAAGACUUCAGGAAAGCACUUUGUCUGAUGGGGACCGAUGUGAAAUGCUGCCGCUGAGCUCUCAAGACUUGACUGGAAAAUCCUACUGUCAUUCCCUCUUCCACUUGACUGAAGAGAGCUUCAGCACAGGCUCUUAGUGUACUAGUAUCAUAAAACAUCUUCUGUCCCACGUUUACAGGUGAGGACAGUUAAACAAAUGAUGAAGACUGGGACUCCUUUAAAUGCUCCUCGCCCAACUUUUAGCAGCUGAAGUGGAAGAAAGCCACCCUUCCUCAUCAAUGGCUGAAACAAAUUUGGGAUAAGGGGGUGCUACAGGAUCUUAUGACUUUGCUUACCAGGGUGGUACUGUUUCAUUUCCAGCAUUUAAGGUACAAACAGUCUAUAAGACUAUACCUGCCUGUCUCACCGCUGGAAAAGAGCACUAUCUCUACUUCAUCCCUCCUUCCACUUCCUCUGGUUUUCAGUUGUACUGAACCUGCUGCUUUAGGUUAAUAUCUUCAAACCAGCAAGAUGUCCUCACAUUGAAGAGGGUCCAACACCACUGAGCCGCCUUGCACUCGCUAUGCUCUCCAGCCUCAGUUCAGAUGAUGCUGGGCAGGACUACCUUGAAGAAGUAUGCCCUAACUAAUGUCACUAGCUCUUCCUUUGUAGUGGAUAGUACUUGCCACUCCUUUGUUUCAACACUGCCUGCCACUCCUCCUUUGUCAAGCAGCCUUCAGCACUGCCUCCUCUGUCCUUGUCUUUCAGUAUGAGACAGACAGCAGUAUGUGACCUUCCAGUUGUAAUGACUUUAAGGCUUACAGGAGGUUCCCCUGGAGUUCGGUGUUGCUAACUGCCUGGAAGCAGUGGCUAACAGCAGGUCUUGUUCUACCUGGGCAGACCAGCGUUUUCUCAUUCUUUUGCUGGGGAAAGAGCAGGAUUCAGUUUAUACAGGGCCAGAGGUUUCCUCCAGAAAGUCUAUGCCUGUGAAGGGUAAUCCUUUUGCCAUGCAUACUCCAAGAAUGGGACUAUGGGUUGCAGGUGUGACACAGUACUUUGUCCAAAAUUCUUUAGCCAGUAGUAGCAUCAGCUUUAAACUAACUGUUCUUUCAUGAACUAUCAUUACAGCUACUUAGUUGCUCCCUCUACCAUAAGAGACUUCAGCACCUUGGAGCCUUUCUGCAGUUUGUAGAAAUGCAAACUGUAGCUGGUGUUACACAUUUACCAUAGCAUUUUAUACAAUGAGAUAGAACCUGAACCUCUGAUGUCUCACCUGCUAAUUCUUCUUAAAACAAGUGAAGCAAGUGUUCCCCAAGUAGACUCCUUAUGGAUUGUGUCCCUCUGCAAGGAAGGAGGUUGACAUUUUUUCUCGAAGGCUAUCUGCAGCAAAGGGGUAGUUUUGCUUGCUGUGGAUUCAGAGGUUUCAGUGAGAUGUGGGAUCAGAGGCCUCACAAGAUUUAUUGCACAGUUCAUUGGUAUGAACUUAAGUGGAUUAUGUUCUCGUGAUCUGUUUCCAAACAGUUGCUGCCCAUCUUGCUUUUCAUGACUUGGAACGCUUUUCUACAGGGGAAAACACUGUUGGUUAUACUGCCAAUUUUGAUGGCUUUUCUUUUCUUUUCUUUUCUUUUUUUCCCAAGGAAGGGUUUUGUUUUCAGAUUAACACCCAUAGUAUAAAAGUGACUCCCAACCUCUAUGCCUUUUAGCUUCCACUUCAUUUCUAACACGUGUCUGCAGUGAAGACCUCUGGGGAGGUUUGGCAUACGUCAUAUUGCUGUGACUUAAUUUCCUUCAGAUAUUAAAAAUAGAACUGAAACUA